ACAGAAACCCCAAUGCCUGAAGCAUUAACAUUGCCCGGUAUGGCUGAUCAAGAGCCAGAUUUGUCAACAUUUGAAAAUAAAACUGGCCUGGCGGAGGAUAUGAAAUUUUUAGCCUCCAUGCCAGAGCUAUGUGAUGUAACAUUUUUGGUGGGUGAUACCAGGGAGCCCGUAUGUGCUGUGAAGGCCGUCCUGGCAUCCCGCUCCAGAGUAUUUGCAAAAAUGCUCUACUCUGCCCCCUCACCACAACGGAAGCGAGAAACUUCCACGAAAGAAAAUAAGUUGCGACUGUUUUUGAAACGUUCCUCGGAGCCGCUACUAAAUCUGCAAAAUGCUGCCCAGCAGCCCGCUGGCCAGCAACAUCAAACCCUGAUUAUUGAAGAAUUUGAACCGGAUGUUUUCCGUCAACUGAUUGAGUACAUACACACGGGGUGUGUCACGCUGCAGCCGAGGACUCUACUGGGUGUGAUGAAUGCCGCCGAUUAUUAUGGCCUCGAAGAGCUGCGUCGUGCCUGUGCCGGCUUCGUCCAAUGCUGCAUCAAUGUGGACACCGUGUGUGCUCUGCUCUCCUCCGCGGAACGUUAUAUCCAAUAUAAAUGUACAAAAUCAUUGGUGCAAAAAGUUUUGGAAUUUGUCGAUGAACAUGGGAAAAUUCACAAAGUCCUCAAACAAGUCGAAAUAAAACAAGAACCUCACGAAGGCUCAUCAUCGGCAGCAACAGCAGCAAACACAGUAUUUGCCACCAAUGUUGGCGGCAACAUGGGCACAUUUACACAAAUGAACAACAGUCAACCUCAGUUUGUUAGAAUACAAAAUAGUUAUAACAUUCAAACGGCAGAAAAUACCACAUACACAGUUAUAACGCCACAAAGUAGUAGUGGUAGUACUCAAAAUACCAGUGGAACGACGGCGGCGAAUUCCAAUAAUAUGCAAAGACAACAACAACACAAUACAAAUAUCACAACAAUAAAAUAUGAACCUCUGGAGGAAUUUACGACGCAUACGACGGUGGUCAAAGAGGAGGAGCGCUACAAAUAUAAACCACAAAUUUUAGCAAAUAAUGCAAAAGCAGCGGCUAAUAAAUCAAAAAUGAACACAACAACAACCACCAGCCAUCAUCAAAAUGCAUCUGUAGUACAAAGAAAACGUAAGCCGGAAAAGGCCGGCAAGGGUUUGCGCCACUUCUCCCUGAAAGUCUGUGAAAAAGUCAAAGUGAAGGGCACCACCACCUACAACGAGGUAGCCGAUGAACUGGUGGCCGAAGAAAUUCAAAAUAAUUCCUUCGACAAGAACUGUGAUCAAAAGAACAUACGACGUCGUGUCUAUGAUGCUUUAAAUGUGUUAAUGGCACUGCAAAUAAUAUCCAAAGAUAAAAAGGAAAUACGCUGGAUUGGUUUGCCAUCCAGUGCUGUGGAGGAAUGCUCACAAUUGGAAAAAGAAAACGAGGAACGCCGCGAACGCAUCAAACAAAAACAUCAACAAUUGCGCGAAUUACUGCUGCAGCAGGUCUCGUUUAAGAGUCUCAUUGAACGCAACAAAGAAGCUGAAAGACAGGGCAUUAUACCAACAGCAAAUUCAUCGAUACAAUUACCAUUUAUUAUUGUAAAUACGCAUAAAUCAACCAAAAUUAAUUGUAGUGUAACCAAUGAUAAGUCGGAGUAUAUAUUUAAAUUUGAUGAUAAAUUUGAAAUGCACGAUGAUGCUGAGGUUUUAAAACGCAUGGGUUUACUGUUCGGUUUGGAUAAGGGCCACUGUUCGGAUGAGGAUAUUGAACGAGCCAAGUCAUUGGUGCCACCAAAUUUCGAAAAAUAUAUUGAAGCCUACGGCAAUGGUAAAGCCAAUGAUGAUAUUGCCUAUGAUUCGGAUGAAGAUAUGACCAGCUAUGAAUAUAUUGACGCGACACAGGAUAAUUCACAGCAUGGCUAUACAACAACAACGGUGACAACGGUGACGGGUACACCGCAACAUCAUCACGGAACGAUAGGAGGUAGUGGUGGCGGCGGUGGUGGCGUUGGCAUCGGCGGCAUUGGUGUGCUACGAACCUCAGAUCUCGAAGAUGAUGAAGAAUAUGUGGAACACAGUGAUAUUGAUUGA